UUGGAUUCUCUGGAUUUUCAGGUUGUUGCGCAGAAGAUGAAGGAAUCGGAGAUCACCGAGCAGGAUUCUCUUCUCCUUACAAGGAACCUACUACGCAUAGCAAUAUUCAAUAUAAGUUAUAUCAGAGGUCUUUUCCCGGAGAAAUACUUCAGUGAUAAGGGUGUGCCAGCCUUAGAGAUGAAGAUCAAAAAGCUUAUGCCUAUGGAUGCAGAGUCUAGAAGACUAAUUGAUUGGAUGGAGAAAGGUGUAUAUGAUGCUUUGCAGAAAAAAUACCUCAAGACACUAAUGUUCUGCGUGUGCGAGACAGUAGAAGGGCCAAUGAUUGAAGAAUAUGCCUUUUCUUUCAGUUACUCAAAUGCUGACAGUCAAGAGGUUUCUAUGAAUGUCAAUCGAAUUGGAAACAAGAAGCAAGGGGAAACAUUCAAGUGUAACUCCGCAACGGAAAUUACCCCAAAUCAAAUGAAGAGUUCUGCAUGUAAAAUGAUACGUACCCUGAUUCAACUUAUGAGAACUUUAGAUAAGAUGCCAGAAGAGCGCACCAUUUUGAUGAAACUUCUCUAUUAUGAUGAUGUCACGCCGACUGAUUACGAGCCCCCAUUCUUCAGAGGAUGCACAGAGGAAGAAGCCCAUCAUCCAUGGAUCAAAAAUCCUUUGAGAAUGGAGGUUGGCAAUGUCAACAGCAAGCAUUUUGUAUUAUCUCUGAAGGUCAAAAGUGUGCUAGAUCCUUGCGAAGACGAUAAUGUGAGUUUGGGAGAUGAUUCGAUGCAGAGAGACGAGGAUAGUGAAGCUGAUAGUGAGGCUAGCAUUUCUGAUGAUGACUACAUAGUCGCACCAGUAGAUAAGCAAAAAGAGAAACAAGAUGCUACCAUGGUUGAUGAAGAUGAUACUCAGGAUGCUGCUGAGGAUGAACAACAACUAAACCGUGUGAAGGAUUGGAUCAGUGCCUAUCAUCUAGAUAAUCUUGAUGUCACUGAUGUCCUCUCUAAUUUCCCUGACAUCUCAUUGGUUUUGAUUGAAGAAAUUAUGGACAAGCUUGUGAGUGAAGGCAUUCUAUUGAAAGCUGGAAAUGAUAGUUUCAACAUCAGGAGGGCAGGGAAGUUGGAAUACGAAUUUGAUGCUGUGAAAGAGGAAACUGAUGGCCGCUUUAUGAUCGGCAAGAAAAGUUCACAUAGCAGCGGUGAAGAUCACAUGUACAUGAAGGCACUCUAUCAUGCACUUCCAAUGGACUUCAUUACUGUUUCUAAACUUCAAAGCAAGCUCGGUGGAGAGGCCAACCAAACUACUGUACGGAAGCUAAUGGAUAAAAUGACCAAAGAAGGAUAUAUUGAAGCCACAAAUAACCGUAGGCUAGGAAAACGUGUGAUCCAUUCUGAUCUAACCAACAAGAAACUUGCUGAACUCCAAAAAGCCUUGGAUUUUGAUGCUGUGGUGGACACAAACGAAACACAUAACAAAUCCAACCACUCAGAAAGCCAUGCAGGGACUAAUCGUCGGGACACCUCCACAUUUGGUGCACUCCACUCCAUCGGAUCAGAUCUCACACGGACAAGGGGUCGAUCUGAUUUGCAUCAGAAUGGGUCCAACACCAGUGACCCAACUGUGUCUAAGUUAAGAGAGAAUGGACACAACACUCCCACAAGCAACACUCAGCCAAUAGCUUCGAUAGAGAGCUACACAGCAGGGAUCGAGAAGGGUAGAAAUGGAAAGAUUACCGAGGAGGAUAAAAUGGAUACCGUGGUUUGUAGCAGAUCCACCCUUGACAAACGUUCCCGAAAAGCAAGCACGGUAAAGGAGCCUAUCCUCCAGUCCAUGAAACGCCAGAAAUCGAUCUCAACUUCAUGAAGGGUAAGGUGAAUGAAACAUGAUAUGAUUUGAAUAUACUAGAAAGAGAUAUAAUUCAUCAUAGCAACCGUUGUUUGUUAAA